AAGGAGUCGUUCUCGUCCUCGUCCUCGUCGAUACCGACGCCUUUGCAGCGCAGUGUCAGGGAUAUGGACAUGGAUAGUCCGGACAUUUGUGAAACCCCAACGCAGGGGGAUGAGGAGGAUUUUUGUUUUCGAUAUCCUAGCUAUAUGUUUCCGGAUGUGGAGUAUGAUAAUUUGGAAGUUCCGCUUCCGUUUAAGGCCAGCCCGGAUUCACUUUUCAAUCUCUGCGCUGCCGUAGUGGAUUCUCAAGCCCGUUCUGAGGUUUUCAAGUGGAGUAUUAACGAUGUUGCCGAUUGGUUACGCAAUUUUGGAUACCCCGAGUAUGAGCAAACCUUUCGCGAGAACUAUAUCGAUGGGCAUAAGCUCCUAAACUUGGACGCUGUCUCCCUAGUGGCCCUCAAUGUUCGCAAUUUCGAGCACAUCCGGCACCUAGGCAGAGGUAUCCGGGCCCUUUAUCGCAAGGAGUUACAAACGGCCACGGAGACGAAGCAGCAGAGCGAGAUCUACAAGACAUUCCGGGCUCGUACGGGACGUGGAUACGAAGGAAUUCGGGAAACGGAACUUUUGGGCCGGAUGCACAUGAUUAGGUCCGUUUUCCGAGAUGUCAAUGACUGGGAUCUCAUGGAGCUGCACAUGUCCCGGGCGCCAGUGAGACGCUACCGUGAGGUUAUAGCUGGAUCCCGACGAUAUAAUUUGUAUGGUCCUUCGACGGCGCGCAGGGAGCCAAUUAUAACCGAUGAUGUAGACGCCUCUCCGUGGUUUGAUUUUGGGGAUUGUUAUUAAUUGUUGUUGUGGAAACUGAAGUAGUUUUUUAAGAGGUUUA